AUGAGGCGUGUGCCGGCGGCCGAGCGCCUUUCAGAGCCGGGCUUUCCCUCGCGCUGCGGGCGCCAGGAGCCGCCUUUUCCGCUGGGUGUCACUCGGGGGUGGGGAAGAUGGCCCAUUCAAAAGCACCGCGGGGGAGCAGGGCCAGUGCCCUUCAGUGAGCGCUCGCAAGAGGACGGCAGAGGCCCGGCGGCUCGCAGCUCCGGGACCUUGUGGCGCAUCAGGACGCGGCUUCCCCUCUGUCGGGACCGGGAGCCGUCGCCGCCGUUCUGCCUACUGCGAGUCAGCCUCUUCUGCGCGCUCCGGGCGGGCGGCCGCGGCAGCCGCUGGGGCGAGGACGGCGCGCGACUGCUGCUUUUGCCCCCGGCCCGGGCGGCUGGAAGUGGAGAGGCCGAGCCGAGUGGCGGCCCCCCUUAUGCCAGGAGGAUGCUGGAAAGCAGCGGCUGCAAGGCGGUGAAGGAGGGCGUGCUGGAGAAGCGCAGCGACGGGUUGUUGCAGCUCUGGAAGAAGAAGUGUUGCAUCCUCACUGAGGAGGGACUGCUGCUCAUCCCACCCAAGCAGCUGCAACACCAGCAACAGCCCGGACAGGGGCAGGGGCCGGCCGAGCCGUCACAACCCGGCGGUCCCGCUGUCGCCGGCCUCGAGCCUCCGGUGAAGCUCAAGGAAUUGCACUUUUCCAACAUGAAAACAGUGGAUUGCGUGGAGCGCAAGGGGAAGUACAUGUACUUCACUGUGGUGAUGGCCGAGGGCAAGGAGAUCGACUUUCGGUGCCCGCAGGACCAGGGCUGGAACGCCGAGAUCACGCUGCAGAUGGUGCAGUACAAAAACCGCCAGGCCAUCCUGGCCGUCAAGUCCACGCGGCAGAAGCAGCAGCACCUGGUUCAGCAGCAGGCGCGGCAGCCGCAGCCCCAGCCCCAGCCCCAGCCCCAGCCGCAGCCCCAGCCGCAGCCGCAGCCCCAGCCGCAGCCCCAGCAGCUGCACCCGCACCCGCACCCGCAUUCGCACCCGCACCCGCACCCACACCCGCACCCACAACCUCACCCUCACCAGCAGCCGCACUUGCAGUCGCACAGCCACCGGCUUCUUCGCAGCACCUCCAACUCUGCCUGA